AUGAGUCGGGUGUGGGUGCGGCAGCACUAUAGCCGCACCCGUGCUUCCCAGAUUUGGUCUCUCCAAGUGCCAAACAAAGUGAAUAAUUUGAUGUGGCGUGCCUGCCAAAACGCUUUACCAACAAAAGUAAGCAUAGUGAGAAGGACAAUCAUUGAUGACCCUCUUUGUGACCGCCGCCAUGAAGAACAUGAAACUCCAUUGCAUGCUCUCUGGCUAUGCAAGGAGAUUUGGACUCAAAGAAAUCAAGUUAGGCUCAACCAAGCAGCCAGUACUGUCCACCAUAUUGCCCAACUGUCCAAGGAUAAGCAUGCCGAGUUCCUAGCCUGCCAGUCAACUUCGACAGCUUCAUGGAUUGAGAGACAUGCACGAAGUAGAAGAAGAAAUUUUUGGGAAGUUCCUCCGGCGGACAUGGUGAAGAUUAACUUAGACGGGGCUGUCUUCUCCGAUGAGAACAAGUCUGGUAUCAACGUGGUGAUAAGGGACUGCUCGGGCUUGGUAAUUGCUUCCUGCUCUGAGAUAGUCCAACAAGCCUAUAACAGCUCUGAAAUUGAAGCACUAGCUGCUGCUACGGCUUUGUCUUUCGCUAUUGACAUUGGCAUAAACAAAGCGAUCUUAGAGGGCGACUCGUUGGUGGUUAUCAAAGCACAAAAUGAACAUGAUGCUCCGCUAUUCUUUGUUGGUUCUCAAAAUUUAUAA